ACGUCACGUGACCUCACAGCUGAUUUCGUUGACUGAAAUCUUUUGCUUUGACCGUUCAUGAUUUCAUGUAGCCAUAUCUGGUUAGCAACGCUGUGGAGUAGCAUAGCGAUCAUCGUCAACUUCAGGAAGCUACUAUGGCACUUAAUACGCAGGCAACACAGGCAACACAGGCAAAUGUCCUCGACGUAAACAACUCUCAGAUCCAGGUGGAGCACGAUAAAAAGCGUCGGCAGUUUAUUAUAAGGCUUAACGGAUCACAUGAUCGUGCAGUUCUUCUGUAUGAGUAUGUUGGGAAGAAGACAGUAGACCUGCAGCACACUGAAGUUCCAGAUGCUUACAGAGGGAGAGGAAUUGCCAAGCACCUGGCCAAGGCUGCCAUGGAUUUUGUAGUAGAAGAGGAUCUGAAAGCUCACUUGACCUGCUGGUACAUUCAGAAAUAUGUCAAAGAGAAUCCUCAGCCUCAGUACUUUGAACAUAUUUAUCAAUGACCCCACAUGAAUCCAACAGAGAUGAGAAGGACAAAGAGACGCCCAGGAGAUGAACACUGUGUGGCAGCAUUCUUUGGACUUACAGGCUGAUAUACAGUUAAGGACCUUCCAGGCAUCGUUAAACAUGACAUUAAGUGAAUCCAGAGACAACUGAUCUCAUGGCUAAGACAUCCUUGACGUGAACAUUGGGUCGACCGGUAAGUUAUAUCUGUAACACGUGGGACUGACCGUCACCAGAAAGAGGAAAAGAAUCAUCUAGUCACAACUUGUAAACACAAGCAAGCAGACUAACCAAAGCUGACGCCUGUUACCUCAGACAGAAACCUCCAGGAUGUUUACCCAUCACUGACAUGAAGCAAGGGUUAGACAUGUUAAGAUAACAGAUGCAAGUUAAAUCUUAUUUUGCUAAUUUUCUGUCCUCCUUUGGACUCACUGGUUCUGGUUCCCAAAUGUCUUUUUCUGUGAUGGUUUGAACAGAAGCAGUGAUGGUUUCAGUGAUGCUUACAUGAUGAUAACUUUUAUAUUCCAAACCCCUUUUGAUUUGUUUUUUUUUACAUUAUUAGUUUUCCAUUAUAGUCUUAGAAAUUGUUUCUUAGGACUGAAAUUUUAGUAUAGUAGUUUGUGAAUGCUAAACACAUCAAGCAUCAUGAAAUUACUUUAAGUAAUUUCACACAUGUAUAGGCACACAUUUGGUGGAUAUUAAGGAAUUGUAAAAAACAAUAUUAUCUAUUAAUUUUUGACAUUUUUUUUCCAAAUUCUCACUCUAUCUACUUCUGUUCUUCCCAGUACCAAAAAUUAACUGUCUAUCGUUGGAGUCAUAAAUUGACAAGUCAGAGGUGCAGGGAUUUGUACACCAAAAACAAAUGGAGGAUGUCUAACUCUGAAGCAUAAUCCUGACUAAAACCUCAAGAUAAAGUCAUUAUUUUUUCAGUUAUACAUGUUAAAUGUAAGAGACAUGAUAAAUUGGGUGUGAUGCUUGUCACUGUGGGGUACAACACCUCAGUGUUGAUGUGGACAAUGUUCAGAAAAGCAAUUCAUAAAAUAGCACUGCUAUAUUUAGGCCAUUUACAUUCUAUGGUGUCAAAACAUCCUUUGUUCUGUCCUUCUGAAAAAUGGCUGAAACUUUGUUUUUUCAUGUGUUUAUUUUUCUCUCACCCAGAAGGCUUCUUUAGCCAGCUGAUGUCAAAGUUAUUAUUGUCCUCAUAGAAGAAAUAUUUUACUGACAGAAUGGUUUACGGUGGUUCACCUUUUUUGGCCUCUUUAGGAGCUUUUGCUGUUGACAAUCUUUGAGUGUUGAGGAGAAAAAUACCUCAGGUUACUCAACACACACUGACAGGACAGACAUAAACAUGCAAGUCGGAUUUUGUCUGAUUUUAUAAAUCACGUAGAGAUAACUGCAGGAAACCGCUUUCCUGUAGGUGACGCACACCUAUUUAUAGGCCAAUGUAUUAUGUCUUUUGUGUGCGUGUGUUUAUGCGUGUAUUCUUGAAAGAAAGCUUGUCUGAUUUAACCAUUUUGAGAAGGCGGCCCUACCAAAUGUGUGAAAAUGUACCAAUCCUUAUUAUAUUGUUUGGUGCUUGAGACCUUUUUUUCCAUGUUGAUAAAUAAAUAAAAU